CGUUCAACAAGCAUUGAAGCUGACAGCAAGAGGAAACACCAACCAAGCCGCGCACCAUUCGCCCGGGCUUGCAGUAACCUAAUGUGAUUUGGUACUAUUUGACAAUCAAGUUUGGCAACAUGGCCCCAACAGAACAAAUUAUCCUCCGCAACUACCUGCUCGUCCCAGCACAACUCCCUGCCAUUAUCUCGCUGCAGGAGUUCAUCGCCUUAUUCCCGCGGCAAUUGCAAUCAUCUCCUAGAAUUCGCACUCUUUAUCGCGAUCUACAGAGCCAGAGAAAUGCAGUCGUGGAUGAUGUCGCCCAACAGGUUGAGCAAGAGGCCAAGCAUGGCAAGGCCAUGCGGCGAGCCGUGAUCAGGUCAAAGAGGGAGGCGGAGGAACAAGAGCAAGACGAGGAGGUAGAGAUUGAGAGGAUGCUGGGGAACUGGUCAGAGCCACAGCACGCAAAACACACACUUGCCUCGAUUCUCCCCGACAUGGAGGGCGCCAUUGGUGGGAUCGAGGCCGAGCUGCAGCUCCUUGAGGAGGAGGAAGCAUCUCUCCUGGCCUCUGUCCGGCAGACUCUCGGUGCCAUGAGCGACUUGCGCUACGGCCGCCUGGCUAACAGCCAGUUGCCGGAACAGGUGCUCGACGGUUUAGGCAACCUGGAAGAAAUUUGUAGGACAAAGAGUUGA